AUGGGGCUGCCCGCGCUCGAAUUCAGUGACUGCUGCCUCGACAGCCCUCACUUCCGAGAGACGCUGAAGUCGCACGAAGCGGAGCUGGACAAGACCAACAAAUUCAUCAAGGAGCUCAUCAAGGACGGGAAGUCACUCAUCAGCGCGCUCAAGAAUUUGUCUUCAGCGAAGCGGAAGUUUGCAGACUCCUUAAAUGAAUUUAAAUUUCAGUGCAUAGGAGACGCAGAAACAGACGAUGAAAUGUGUAUAGCAAGGUCUUUACAGGAGUUUGCCACUGUCCUCAGGAAUCUUGAAGAUGAACGGAUACGAAUGAUUGAGAACGCCAGUGAAGUGCUCAUCACUCCCUUGGAGAAGUUUCGAAAGGAGCAGAUUGGGGCUGCCAAGGAGGCCAAAAAGAAGUAUGACAAGGAGACAGAGAAGUAUUGUGGCAUUUUAGAAAAACACUUGAAUUUGUCUUCCAAGAAGAAAGAGUCUCAGCUUCAGGAGGCAGACAGCCAAGUGGACCUGGUCCGGCAGCAUUUCUAUGAAGUAUCCCUGGAGUAUGUCUUCAAGGUGCAGGAAGUCCAAGAGAGGAAGAUGUUUGAGUUCGUGGAGCCUCUACUGGCAUUCCUACAAGGACUCUUCACUUUCUAUCACCAUGGUUAUGAACUGGCCAAGGACUUCAAUGACUUCAAGACACAGUUGACUAUCAGCAUACAGAACACAAGAAAUCGCUUUGAAGGCACCAGGUCGGAGGUGGAAUCCCUGAUGAAGAAGAUGAAGGAGAAUCCCCUUGAGCACAAGACCAUCAGUCCUUACACUAUGGAAGGGUACCUCUACGUCCAGGAGAAACGUCACUUUGGAACUUCCUGGGUGAAGCAUUACUGUACAUAUCAACGGGAUUCUAAACAAAUCACCAUGGUACCAUUUGACCAAAAGUCAGGAGGAAAGGGGGGAGAAGAUGAAUCAGUCACCCUCAAAUCCUGCACACGGCGGAAAACAGACUCCAUUGAGAAGAGAUUUUGCUUUGACGUGGAAGCAGUAGACAGGCCCGGGGUUAUCACCAUGCAGGCAUUGUCUGAAGAGGACCGAAGGCUCUGGAUGGAAGCCAUGGAUGGCAGGGAACCUGUCUACAACUCAAACAAAGACAGCCAGAGCGAAGGGACUGCGCAGUUGGACAGCAUUGGCUUCAGCAUCAUCAAGAAAUGCAUCCAUGCUGUGGAAACCAGAGGGAUCAAUGAGCAAGGGCUCUACCGAAUUGUGGGGGUCAAUUCCAGAGUGCAAAAGCUGCUGAGCGUCUUGAUGGACCCCAAAACAGCUUCUGAAACAGAAAUGGAUAUCUGUGCCGAGUGGGAGAUAAAGACCAUCACUAGUGCUUUGAAGACCUACCUAAGAAUGCUUCCAGGACCACUCAUGAUGUACCAGUUUCAAAGAAGUUUCAUUAAAGCAGCAAAGCUGGAGAACCAGGAGUCUCGGGUCUCUGAAAUCCACAGCCUUGUUCAUCGGCUCCCAGAGAAAAACAGGCAGAUGUUACAGCUGCUCAUGAACCACUUGGCAAAUGUUGCUAACAACCACAAGCAGAAUUUGAUGACAGUGGCGAACCUCGGCGUGGUGUUUGGACCCACCCUGCUGCGUCCUCAGGAAGAAACUGUAGCAGCCAUAAUGGACAUCAAGUUUCAGAACAUAGUCGUUGAGAUCCUAAUAGAAAAUCAUGAAAAGAUAUUUAACACUGUGCCAGACACGCCACUCACCAAUGCCCAACUGCACCUGUCUCGGAAGAAGAGCAGUGACUCCAAACCCCCGUCCUGCAGCGAGAGGCCCUUGACGCUCUUCCACACCAUGCAGUCAACAGAGAAACAGGAACAAAGAAACAGCCUCAUCAACUCCAGUUUGGAAUCUGUCGUCUCUUCAAACGCGAACAGCAUCCUCAAUUCCAGCAGCAGCUUACAGCCCAACAUAAACUCCAGUGACCCAGACCUGGAUGUGCUCAAACCCACCCGGCCCAACUCACUCACACCAUUCCGGAAGGCAAAAGCCUUGUAUGCCUGCAAAGCAGAACACGACUCCGAGCUCUCAUUCACAGCAGGGACGGUCUUCGAUAAUGUGCGUCCAUCCCAGGAGCCUGGCUGGUUGGAGGGGACUCUGAAUGGAAAGACGGGCCUCAUACCUGAGAACUACGUGGAGUACCUCUAACCAGGAGCCCUGGCAGAACUGCUGAGCUUUCCACUGUAUCCAUGACAACUGCUGAUUCCAGUGUUGUGGACCAUUGCUCUUUGCCGCUGAGAAAUACAGGGUGACUGACUCUGCUGCUACCUGUCAGCACGAACGUUUUCCUGAACUCUGGUGUCACACAUCCUCGUGAUCAUCUCAGCUGACAUGCGGUGAUGCUGCAAGAGACAGAAGGAAACCGGCAGAGGAGGCCAUGUGAUUUUGAUUACCACGAGAAAGGCUUACAGAGCCAUGUCUCUCAUUUAGCACCCUAUAUGGGGUGUGCUCAUUUUGUUUUCACAGUCAUCCAAAACCCAACCUUCUGAAAAAGGAAGUAAAUGAGAUACAAGUAGUCCCCAAGAGCAUGCAGUGUAGCCAGCUCUGACAGGGCUGGACAGUGGCCUGAGAUCCAGGCUGGGUCCACUGCUUUUGUUUACAGUAGACACUCUAUCCCACCUCUGAAUACUUGAGCCCCGCAGUGCUCCGGGCUGCUGGGUCUGUUUGUUUGCAUGAAGGAUGGAGAGGGGUCACUGCAGUGGUUACACAAGAUCCAAUCUCACCAUCUCUAAAGCAGCCAUUGGCCCAGCAUCAGCAGAAUUCUGUCCAGUCCUCUCAUGCAAGAGAACACACACACUCCAGGGCCCCCCUUCCAAGCUGGGAACUUCUCUGCCACCGAGGGCUGCCAUCACCUCAUAACCAUGGCGACCCAGCCUGCUCUAAACCAAACCAAAAAGUAACUCAAAAUCUUUGCAUGACAUAUUUUUUUGCCUCCUCCCCCUUUCAGUCAUUUUUUGAAUGGUUUUCCAACAACCUGGUCAAGUUCUGUGCUUCCCGGAUGGGUCAGCUGUUAAAGAAUCCGCCUGCAAUGCAGGAGACCUGGGUUUGAUCCCUGCGUUGAGAAGCUCCCCUGGAGAAGGGAAAGGCUACCCACGCCAGUAUUCUGGCCUGGAGAAUUCCAUGGACUGUAUAGUCCAUGGGGUUGCAGAGAGUCGGACACGACUAACUGACUUUUAAUUAACAAGGUCCACUUGGGGGCAGAUGGAAUAGCAGCUGAGAACUGUUCCCUUUUUGAUGAAUUUCAGCAGCACCAAGAUAUAUUUGGAGCAAUCUCUAGUAACCUCUUGAGAUUAAAUUACAUACAGGCUUAAUAUUUCUGUUCUUGCAUGCAACUCGUGUCUGUUUUCUAGAGGGCAACAUGCUGCCUCCUAAAGAGGGACACCCUCUAUCUCUCUCAUUCCUUUGUGUUCACCUGUCCCUCCCCCUACCCUUGCCUGCCUCUAGCCUACCACUGACCAGCUCCCCUGGCCAUGCCCUGGGUUGCUCAGCACUGGUGCCUGGAGGUUUUCAGGCAUGACUCCUGAGCUAAUAACCCCAUGGCCUCCAGUUUAAAAGGACAUACAUGUUCACUGCCACUCAGAAAAAGGGAAUUGUUUCUCAGGCUUUUGGGGUGUGAGACUAAUAUCAUAAGCCAUUGUGAUUUAGGAGGACGCCACAAGGUUGGGGCAUGGAAGGUGGGAAGGGUACCUUCUGAGAAAGAGGAUUUCCUGGACCAGAAGGGGCUGGGUCUUGUGGAAGACCACCUUGGAUGGGGAAGUUUGGCCUGGACAUUUCAACUCCACUUGGCUUCCAAAGAAGAGAGUCCAAGUAUUUUCCACACUUGAAUGUCCCUGCAAGAGUGAUUCUGGGCAGACCAACUCCAAAGUGAGGGACUGUCAAGCUCCCUGCGAGCCCUUCAGGAAUGGCAGCCUUGUUCCAGAGUGUGUCCUGCUUCCGGAAUUCCUCUUGAGGGAACUUUAAAGAAGAAAAGAAAAACUUGAAUUGUGUUGAAUUACUGUAUCUUUUACAUUUUUUUAAAAGAUAAAUUUGUAAAUAGAGUGAUUUGAAAUACUAUAUGGCAAAGUUUUAUAUUUGAUAUUCUUUAAGCUAGUUGCUUCACGCAUUUAAGCUUUGAUUGCUGAACAAGUGUGUAUAUGAGGCAGAGAGGGGGACACAUGGUCAGAGAGAGCCAAGGUCAGCCCGUCUCUUGCCUUGAGGAAGAAGAUAUUUCCACAUAUUCUUGCUGGUUCUUGGUGGUGGACGUGGCACAUUAAUGGUGUUCAGUCUUCUUUAUCCAGAUGUGUUUUUUUUAAGCAUUUCUUGGGCUUUGGAUUUGGAGAUGGAAAGAGCAUCUUCAGGCAAUUAACUUUUCCAAGAACUCCUACCCAGUAGUAAGAUGAAGCUCAGGAUUUAAACAGGUGAGGCCAAGGGUUAGAUUUUUUUUUUUUUUUUCAUUUUUCUUCUCAGGUGUAUUUCUUGGUACCCCAAAGUACCAGGCAAGAAGAUGGGAUAGUUGUGUGCUCCUUGUAUCUUAUUCUUCCAGCACAUCUUAUAAGGCUUUAUAACCAAGUCCAAGCUAAAAUUUGCAAAUGUUUUGUGUGUCUAGGUUCUAAGAACAACUGGCUUAGGAUAUUUAGUUCUUGAUAUGCUGCUUCUUCCUUUUUGCCUAAACAUGUUUAUUCAUCUCAGAUUUCCUCUGGCUCCAAAAUAAGAAAAAAACUCCAAAGAGGGAUGGAGAUUGUGCUAUUAUAGCUUUAUAGAUGACUUUAAAGGUAAUAGGAGUUUGUUGUGAUUCAUUCCAUCAGCUCAGGGAUGACACAGCUAUUACCCAACCCAGAGCAAGCGAGACACUACCAAUGAAUGAAGGAGUAAAAAGAUUGGAGAAGACUGAGAUAGGACUCAGGGAAGCUAUUAUUGAAAACCCAAGAAGAAAAGGCACACAGGGGCAGCAUACAUGUACUCCUUGCAGACUUUGAACAGCUUGGGGACCUGUUCACAGGGGCCAGAGGGGACCAGCACACUCUGUACCACUGUGCUUUCUAACUAGAAUGCAACAUAACGCUUUUAAUACAUUUGACGUUUUAGAUCACCUGCCCCAUCAGAACCUUAACUGGAGCUACUGUGGGGGCAGCCAGAAGGUCCAGACCCUGACUUUCAGAGUUCCUUACCGAAGCAUACCUGUAAACAUUUGGCCCCACCUUGACCACUUUGGAAGCAUGUCUCUCCCUCCUCAGUUGGCCCUGAUUUGAAGCUGAGGGAAAUUGGACUGGUGCAAAUGGGAAUUUUAGGUAGAGCCUUUCCUGGCUUCUCUGGACAAUGCUGGACCCUGACAGAUGGCUGCUCUGCUUCCUUUUCCCUGGCCAGGCUCCCCUCCUCCCCAUCAGCUACAGAACUGGAGACACUGUUCAGAGUAUGAGCCAAUGAAAAGGAAGGAACUUACAGACUGAAAAAUGGAUUUUGCCGUCCACUACCUUUGCUUCUCACUUCUGACUCUUGUCUUUUGGAAGAAGGAAUGUUAGGGCAGAGUAGGGGAGUGAACUGGGUAUCAGAGUGGAAUACUAUGAACCAAAAUCUCUGAGCUUUCCCAGGAGUCUCAUGUUGCUUUUGGAAGGCCCUGGGAUCAGGUUGGCAGACAUAGCCUGAGUCUUCUGCAGACAUCAAGAUCAGUCUCUCACUCCUCCUCCAGGUACUCCCAGAAUUCCAUAGCUACAGAAUACCAUAUCUUGAGAAGACAAUUAGUUUCACAUUCUUCCCCCAACUCCCCAGGCAAGUAAAGUCCUGACUUGCUGAAGAGUGAUGAUAUUCUCUUCUCUUUUCAAAUCUGAACAUAGAGGCACGGAUCCUGCAUAGCACUGCCAGCCAUGGUGUCCCAGGAUUGGAGCCAGUUUUUAGCUUGGUUUUUUAGUAUUUCUACAGACAAUAUGUAUUUCCUUAUGCCAGACCAAACUGGGUUUUGGUGUUUUGUUUUUUCUUUCCCAGCAUAAUUCCAGUUCAUGUCCUCUUGCUGAGUCCUUUUUGGAUAGAGAGGCAGAGAGAAAGAGAGAAAAUGGAACAAUCAGGUAUUGGCCAGCUGGUAUUAGCGACACAAAAUCAUGCUAGUGACAGUGUCGUUUCAGGUUUUCCAAGACUCUGCAGUUAUGUAUGCCAUGCCUAUAGCUCAGAUGGAGGUCCUUCUGCCAUGAGAGUUUGUCUCUCUUGAAAGCAGCAACCCCAGUGACACCAAAAACUAUUUUGACUAUAGAUUCUAAAAACAUCCAUGAUUGAGGAGUCGUGAGACUGAAAUAAUAGGCUGAAGUAACGUGAUCAACUACUCAUGAUUGUCUAUUGGCACAUUUCAUCUUCUGGCUCCUGUUUCCAAAAGAAGCAAAUCUGGACCACUCAGCUUUAUAGACAGAGAACUCCUGGGUACAACAGUGGCUGUUACGGCACUCGCAGUUCCCCUAGCAUUGAAUGUUUUAUGAGCAAUCAUGUUACCCAAGUAGGUAGCCGGCAGUGAGGAAACUCAACAGCCACUGGACUACCUGACUUUGAAAGGAAUGGCCUAGGGAGUUAUCUGUCAUAUCUGGCAAACUUGACAGUGAUUAUUUACCUAGGCAACCCUGCCCCACUCCAGCUGGGUGUCCUCUCACACACCCUGUGUCAGCAUUUAAAAAAUGUAUCUUGUCGUGCUUCAAAUGUGUUUGACAGUCAGGCUGGUGUGCUGGGUGCAGAAUCACUUUUCUGUAAGUGUAGCCUCCCAGUGACAACAGCCGUGGAAUAAUGGACGUUGCAGAAACCUGAGCAUACAUGAGACCAGACUCCACCAAGUCAUAAUUAGCUUUUCCCUUUCACUGCCUACAGUACCUGUCUAACUAAGGAACUUCCUAGAGCAGAGGGAGAGGCUGUGUAGAGAAGGCACAUCAUCCAGAGCCAGCCCUGGCUAAAAUGUGGCCUCCUAAUGGAAGGACUUGUAUUCUUAGAAGAAAAGGAUUGGGUGUAAAGUAAUGCUGGUAGCAGAAAGGGAUAAACCAGGCUGAAGAACUGUGGGUUUUUUUUAAAGAAAGAUAAAUGUAAUUCUUAAUAGGGGGGAAAAUCUAUCACAUGAAAAGGUCACAACUAAUAUUUUACAAAAGUUUUACAGGCCACUACAAGAUGAAAACAUCUUCCAAGGCAGAAUGCCUUAGCAAGCAAGGCUAAGGACCUUAGCACAGUCCUGGACCCAUGUAAGUAUAGCAAUUACUAUUACAUCAGAAUUCUACUGAGUGUAGUCAGUGAGAACCAAGAGUAGUGAUAAAGUGUCAGAAUUACCUGGGCAGUCCUGGAGGGGCCAAGACAUUCAGCACCUUUCCACAUCAACCAUUUCUAUAGAACUGUCCAAACAGACCCUGCAUGCAGCUUCUUUGGGUAUCCAGAUGCCAGGGUCAACCUUGUACCUGUGAAAAGAGAUUCAUCUGGUGAUUCUUAAGUGUAUAUGUAUUAGUGUGUGUUUGUGUUUGUGUGUGUGUGUGUGUGUGUGUGUGUGUGUGUACAGCUCAUAUUUACAUAUAUAACGAAACAGACUCUCUUCUAGAAACCCACAUAAGCUGGCAGUUGCUGAGCCUUGACAGCCUUUAAGAUUUAAAGGUUGAGAAUUACAGAAACAAGAGAGGCUGUUGAUAGACGAUCAAAGAUGUAAAUUAAGUGCCAUUUUGAAAUUUUGUUCAUAUUUAUCAGAUGGUUACUAUCUACAGCUAUAUUCCUUAUUAACUUAUUAAGAGUCAUGUUGGAAUAAAAAAGAUCAAACUCAUAAACAGUCAGUCAUUCAUACUAGGAUAGUGUUCACAAGCACUCUAAAAGACAUUUUGUCCAUUAUUUUGAAGAAAAUAUUUGCAUGUUUAGUUCAUAAUUUAGGCUACCUUUGAGUAUAUUAUAAAGUGCUGUGUGAUAUAAUAUCAAUAAAGUACUUAAAAAUGGCACUUUAAUGUUUUUUUAAAAACCAUAAAUGCACUGUUUUAAACUUCAAUUCAGUAUUGAAUAUUGACUGGUGUGUAGAAUCCUAUUUCUUAAUUAAAAAGUAACUUGUGACUAGACUAGAACUUAUCCCCUGUUAUUCAUAAAACAAUUUACCAUGUUCGGGCUUUAGAACAACAACAAGAAAAAACUGUGCUUUCUCGUCACUAAGCAUAUCUAUAAAGAAAAUAUAGUUUCUGUUGAGUGGCCUCUGAAACUUGGCUUUCUUACAUUUGGUUGGUUUAUGUGACAAUCUCUGUGAAAUGAGUGGAAGUAUGAUUUUUGAAUUAAAUGACUUUUCCAUUUGGUGGUA